UCGCGUGCGCGCCUGCGCACUAGGGAGGGAGGGCAACGCGCAAAGUCUGGGCACCCAGCUUGCCCGCCUGUGGGCCAGCAAUGGCCGGCGCGGUUUCGUCCUCAGGUGUCCUGGGGCUGAUGCUUAUAUCUGCGCUGCUUGGGGUUCUCGGAGAGCCCCCCAGCUCCGACUUCGGAACACACCCAGGACACGGCGCCCAGGUCAGCCUUGGGGCCUCCGAACCCUGUCGGCGGUCGCCGCCCAAAGACCAGCGCGAGCGGGCCCGGGCUGGCGCGCUGCCUUUGGGGGCUCUGUACACUGCAGCUGUCGUGGCUUUUGUGCUGUACAAGUGUUUGCAGGGCAAAGAUGAUGCUGCAGUUUUCCAAGAGGAGAAAGACAAGGAGGAAUCAUUGCAGUCAGAGAGGCAUCUGGCCCAGUUGACACAACAGCUGACCCAGACAGAGCAGCACCUGAACAAUCUAAUGUCCCAGCUGGACCCCCUUUUUGAGCGUGUGACUACUUUGGUUGGAGCCCAGCGGGAGCUUCUGAACAUGAAGCUACAGACCAUCCACCAGCUUCUACAAGACUGUAAACCAGAUAAAGGUGUGGAGGUUCCAGAACCAGAGGCCGGCAUACCUUCUCCUGAGGACUUAAGAACAGAGGAGGAUGAAGAGGCUGGUGACAGUCAGGACUGGGAAGAACCCAUAAAUUGGAGCACAGAGACUUCCUGGGAAGUAGAGCAGGGGCUACGGAGAAGAUACAGUAAGACUGUGACAAAGGAAUCCAGAUACAGCUCCAGCCAGGAAGAAAGGACAACAGCUGAAGGUUUAGUAAAAUAAAGUCUAUCCUUUAGUAAAAUAA